AUGGGGGACAUUCAGGAUACCAACAGGGGGCCUACCAAUCAAGGGCCUAAUCUUUAUGAGAAGACCACCAAACUAGAAGACACUUUGACUCAGUUUAUGUUGGUUUCUCUAUUAAAUCACAAGAGCACUGAGUCAACCAUCAAGAAUCUAGAGGUACAAGUGGGUCAAUUAGCUAAGCAAUUUGUUGAAAAGUCCACGGGCAGUUUUGUGGCCAACACGGAGAAGAAUCCCAAGGAGGAAUGCAAGGCAAUUUUCACUAGGAGUCAGAGGAGGGAGAGUUCUGAGAAGGAAACAAGAGUUGAGGGAGUAUUGGAGGAUACUAAGAGUCAGUUGGCUUGGGAGGCUAGAAAGAAGGUACCAUCAAUCCCAGUGAAGGAGGCCUCAUAUCCCUUAGUGCUGUCAAAGAAAGAGAAUGAACAAUAUUUUGCUCAUUUUCUUGACAUCUUCAAGAAGCUGGAGAUCAGCAUCCCCUUUGGAGAGGCCCUACAACAGAUGGCUUUGGAUACCAAAUUCCUGAAGGAUCUUCUCACAAAGAAAAGGAAAUAUAUCAACAAUGAGAGCAUCAUGGUGGAAGGAAAUUGUAGUGCUAUGAUCCAAAGGAUUCUACCACAGAAAUUCAAUGACCCAGGAAGUGUAACCAUCCCAUGCUCUAUUGGGGAUGUGUUAGUGGGUAAAGCUCCCACUGACACAUCCCCAAUAGAACUGGGAAAGAGUAUCUAA